AUGACAGACGCCACAAUGUUGACGAAAAUCGAGCACCGCGCAGUGAUUAAAUUCCUUACAAAACAAGGAAAGAUUCAAAAAGUUAUUCAUGAAGAAAUGGUGGCUGUUUAUCAAGAUUCUGUUCCUUCAUUAUCUACUAUUCAGAAGUGGUCUAGUGAAUUUAAACGUGGUAGAGAGAGUAUUGAAGACGACACCCAUGCUGGAGGGCCGGUAAGUGCCACUUCUGAAGAAAACGUCAAAAUUGUCGAGAAACUUGUAUUGGAAGAUGCCCGUAUCAGAGUGAAAACAUUAGCAGAAAAGACUAAGCUAUCCGUGGGUACCAUUCACACUAUCCUUCAUGAACACCUGAAUCUUUCAAAAGUCAGUGCAAGAUGCGUGCCGCGAAUGCUCACGCGCUUCAGAAACAAGUUCGAGUUGAGUGCCUUACUGCACUCAACGGUUUUUGGAGCUCUGUAG